AUGCAAGAGAAAAAUCUUCAAUUACAUCAAGUAUAUAAUGCUGAUGAAACCGCUUUGUAUUGGAAGAUGAUGCCAAGAGUUACUUUCGUCUCCGAAUUCGAAAAAAAAGCGGAAGGAUUUAAAAUUUCAAAAGAAAGGAUCACUCUCAUGACUUGUGCAAACGCAGAUGGUAGUCACAAAAUUCCUCUUUUUGUAAUUGGCAAAUCCAAAAACCCUAGGUGUUUUAAAAGUGUUGCUAAAUUGCCAGUUGAAUAUAAUAAUCAGAAAAGUGCCUGGAUGACACGAGAAUUAUUUAGAAUUUGGUUUACAGAGGCAAAAUUUCUACCUCCGAACGUAACAUCACUUAUUCAACCGAUGGAACAGGGUGUUAUAGAAAAAUUAAAAAAAAUUUAUCGAAAAAGUCUACUGCGGGACAUGCUUAUAGAAAAAGAUGAAGAAAGUCUUUCAAAAUAUUUGAAAGAUUUUAAUAUUUUGAAUUGUUGCACUUUUAUAGCAAUGGCAUGGAGAGAAAUAAGUCCAACAAAUAUUAUUCGAGCUUGGAGGAAGCUCAUUCCGGCAUGUGACAUAGAUGUUCUUGAAACAAAUAAUGUCACUGAAGAUGACAUUGUUCAAUUAGCCUACAGGCUUCCUGGUUUUAAGGACAUUACUGUUGCAAACAUACUUUAUUGGCUCGAAAUGGAUAAUAAUGAACCUUGUUGGAGAUUGGAAAACAUAGAGCAGAUUUUGCGAAGAUAUUCUUCUUGCAAUGAGCCUUUGAGCAAUAGUGAAGAAGAAAAUGAGGAACAAAAUGAGGAUUCGGAAUGUGAAAAAAAUGAGGAUACGGAAUGUGAAGAGAAUGAGGAUGGAAUUUUAGAACAUAAAAAUAUAGUGGAGGAAGCUAAUAAUGCUCUGAAGUGCUUAAGUGACUUCCAAAAAUGGUAUCAAAGGCAAUGGCACUACGAGACGGAAAAUAUAUUAGUCCUGCAAAAACUGAAAACUGAAACUAAGGAUGUUGUAGCUCAUUUGAAAAACUUAUUUUUAUUAGAAGAAAACAAAGAAUAUGUUCAUCCACAUUAA